AUGGAGUUAAGAUGCUAAUUAAAUGAACAGAAAAUCAAUAGAAAGAGGAUUAAGAAUCAAAGGCUUAGACAAUAGUUAGAUCAAUCAUCUUAAGAAUAUGAGAACUAUAGAGUUGAUAAUUCGCAUAAAUUAAAGGAUUUGUCAUAAAAGAACUAACUAUUAGAAUAGGCAUUAGGACAAAUGAAAUUCAAGCUAGCAUAAUAUGAACACGAAUUCAAUGAGCUAAAGCAUCAUUACGAGUAGAAAAUUUAGAAUUUAGAAAGUCAUAUAAUUCAACAAGAAUAUCUAUUGAAGGAAAGUACUUAGAAGAUUAUGCUACUCUAAUAAAUCAAUGACCCAGAAUAUUCCAACAGAGACUCUAAGAUUAGCAAUAUCUAAGAUGAUGAAAAGCUCAUAUUUACACCAAUAUUUAAAGACAUCUUAAUCUCUUAAGAUGUAAACGAAAGUAAAGUAAGUUUAAAAAAAGACAAACUUGCAAUUCAAGACAAAAUGGACAUUGAAAAUCCGAUAAGUAAUCAAGAAAAUAAGGAAAAUGUCUUUCAACACAUAAAUGCUAACACCAAUAAAUCUUAAGUCAUUUAAAAUUGCUCUUGCCAGGGAUUUUAUAAAUAUGAAUGUGAAAAAUUUAUUAAAGAGUUUAUUAGAGAAUAAAACCUUAGGCUAGCAGAAUUAGUUAGCAAUCUCGAAUGA